UGGAUGAGAUAAAUUGCCUUCGAGGCUUAUGUGCUCAUUUGAUCAAACCAGUUGAACAUAGAGUACUAGUUCAUCAUAUUGCAAAUAGAUUUAUGACCCUCUUUUCAAAUUCUACUUUUUUUAUUUUUUUUCUUUAAAAAUAACAUGUUAUGAGUAGGACUCUCAACUAAGAUUAAAACAUCUUUUCAAAUUCUAUUUUAUUUACUAAUUAAAGAAUAACAUAUUAUGACUAACGGCGUAACUGUUUAGUUUUGCUAAGGUUCGAGACCAAAGAAAGCCUUUGUAGUUUGUACCAAAGACAAAGCUGAAGAUGAUGCGCAGAAGCAGCAGCACAAGAGGUAUGGUUUCUUGUCUUCCCUCUACUCAUCUUGUUGCUGUUCCCCUCAUCAACACUUUGAUGGCUUUGUUUCAUUCGAGACCGAGAGAAACCCAGCUAGGAAAUCGACCCAAAGUCACCAAUCUUGAGGAUGCCUUGAAGGUGUUCGAUGAAAUGCUUCACUCGCGUCGUCUGCCUUCUUCUGUUAUUCCUUUCAAUCAAAUAUUGACUCAACUUUCCAAACUCAAACACUAUUCAGCAGUCAUCUCUUUGAAUAGGCAAAUGCUUCUGCGUCGAAUUGUUCCUAAUCACUAUACUCUAAACACUAUCAUCAAUUGCUAUUGCCAUUUGAAUCAAAUGGGGUUUGGCCUAUCUGUCUUAGGACAAUUCUUCAAAUUCGGUUUUCAACCGAAUGCUAUUACCUUCAACACUCUGAUCCACGGCUUUGUUCUCCAUAAUCAACUGCCUGAGGCUGCACGAAUUUUCACCAAAAUGCUGGAGGGAGAGCCCGAUGUGUUUACUUUCAACACUCUAAUAAAGGGCUCUUGCAAGAUGGGGAACAGCAGUGCAGCCAUUCAGUUACUUAGGAACAUGGAACAAAGGGGAUGCGAGCCUGACAUUGUUUCCUAUAGCACCAUCAUCGACAGUCUCUGUAAGGAUACCCUAGUUGAAGAUGCAAUGAACCUCUUCUCAGAAAUGAUUGGUAGAGGUAUUGCUCCAAACAUUGUUACUUACACCUCUUUGAUUCAAGGAGUUUGCAAUAUAGGUCACUGGAAACAAGCUACAAGGUUGUUGAAGGAAAUGGUGAGUAAAGGUAUCUUUCCAGAUGUAGUCACUCUCAGUGUCUUGGUUGAUACACUUUGUAAGGAAGGGAUGGUUGUGGAAGCCAAAACUGUGGUUGACAUGAUGAUUCAAACAGGAAUUGAACCUAAUACGAUUACAUACAGUUCCCUUAUGGAUGGUUACUGUUUGCGAGGAGAAAUGGACGAGGCGAAACAAGUGUUUGAUCUGAUGAUUAGCAAGGGCUCCAUGGUUAAUGUUCAGAGUUGUAGCAUAUUGAUAAACGGAUACUGUAAGCAGAAAAAGAUCGAUGAGGCCAAUAAGGUUUUUCAGGAAAUGACUUGUUGGGAGCUUGUUCCAGACACCAUUACUUAUAACACUCUCAUUGAUGGUUUUUACAAAGCAGGGAGAAUACAAGAUGCAGAAAAGUUGUUCUCUGAGAUGCAAACUUGUGGCCAACUUCCAGAUGUUCAAACUUACACUAUUAUACUUGAUGCCCUAUUUAGCAACAAACAACUUUCUAAAGCAAUAGAAUUGCUUAGAGAGAUGGAAGACAAGAAGUUGGAACUAAAUAUUGUAGUUUACACCGUUAUCAUUGAAGGUUUGUUGAAAGCUGGAGAAGUUCAGUCUGCAAAAGAUCUCUUCUAUAGUUUAUCUUCAAAAGGAGUUCAACCUGAUGUGUGGACAUAUAGUAUAAUGAUUAGCGGACUUUGCAAAGGAGGCCUAUUAAGUGAAGCAGAAAAUUUGCUUAGGGGAAUGGAACAAAAAGGCUGUUCUCCAAAUGAUUGUACCUAUAACACAAUUAUCCGAGGUUUUAUGAAUAACAAUGAGAUAUCAAGGGCUAUGGAACUUAUUCAAGAAAUGCGUGAGAGGGGAUUCUCUGCAGAUGCAUCAACUAUGGACUUGAUUGUUGAUUUAUUGUCAAAGGAUACAGUAGAUCCUGUAUUAUUAGCAUGGCUUAAAGAUUCAGAAAUCCAAGAAUUAUGGGAACGUCAAAAUGACCCUUUGUUUCCGACGAUUGAGGUGCCUCGUCGGCUUAGCAACCUUGAAGUUAAAAGAAAGAUCAAAACCGAAGAAAGCCUUUGUACCAAAAAGCCAAAGCUGAGGGCAAGAAUUCUGAAGAUGAUGCGCAGCCGCAGCAGCAGCAGCACAAGAAGUAUGGUUUCUUGUCUUCCCUCUACUCAUCUUGUUGUUGCUGUUCCCCUCAUCAACACUUUGAUGGCUUUGUUUCAUUCGAGACCGAGACAAACCCCCCAUCUAGGAAAUCGUCGACCCAAUAUUAUUGUGAGUAACGUUGAGGACGCCUUGAAGGUGUUCGAUGAAAUGCUUCACUCGCGUCCUCUGCCUUCUUCUGUUGUCCCUUUCAAUCAAAUCUUGGGUCGACUUGUCAAAUUGAAACACUAUUCUGCAGUCAUAUCUUUGAAUAGGCAAAUGCUUCUGCGUCGAAUUGUUCCUGAUCACUAUACUCUAAACACUAUCAUCAAUUGCUACUGCCGUUUGAAUCAGAUGGGGUUUGGCCUAUCUGUCUUAGGACAAUUCUUCAAAUUCGGUUUUCAACCGAAUGCUAUUACCUUCAACACUCUGAUCCACGGCUUUGUUCUCCAUGAUCAACUGCCUGAGGCUGCACGAAUUUUCACCAAAAUGCUGGAGGGAGAGCCCGAUGUGUUUACUUUCAACACUCUAAUAAAGGGCUCUUGCAAGAUGGGAAACAACAGCGCGGCUAUGCAAUUACUUGGGAAGAUGGAAGAAAGAGGAUGCAAGCCUGACAUUGUUUCCUAUAGCACCAUCAUCGACAGUCUUUGUAAGGAUACCCUAGUUGAAGAUGCAAUGAACCUCUUCUCAGAAAUGAUUGGUAGAGGUAUUGCUCCGGAUGUUGUUACUUACACAUCUUUGAUUCGAGGAGUUUGCAAUAUAGGCCGGUGGAAACAAGCUACGAGGUUGCUUGAUGAAAUGUUGAGUAAAGGCAUCUUUCCGAAUGUCGUCACCUUCAAUGUCUUGGUUGAUACAUUCUGUAAGGAAGGGAUGGUUGUGGAAGCCAAAAAUGUGGUUGACAUGAUGAUUCAAAGAGGUAUUGAGCCUGAUGCGAUUACAUACAGUUCCCUUAUGGAUGGUUACUGUUUGCGAGGAGAAAUGGACAAGGCAAAACAAGUCUUUGAUCUGAUGAUUAGCAAAGGAUCCAUGGUUAAUGUUUGGAGUUGUAACAUAUUAAUUAAUGGAUAUUGCAAGGCUAAAAAGAUCGAUCAGGCUAACAAAAUUUUCAAGCAAAUGCGUCGUAUGGAAGUUGUUCCUGAUAACGUGACUUAUAGCACUCUUAUUGAUGGUCUUUACAAAGUGGGGAGAAUCCAAGAAGCAGAAAAGUUAUUCUCUGAGAUGCAAGGUUGUGGCCAGCUUCCAGAUGUUCAAACUUAUGCUGUGAUACUUGAUGGCCUGUGUAACAACCAGCAACUUUCUACGGCAGUAGAAUUGCUUAGAGAGAUGGAAGCCAGAAAACUGGAACUCAGUAUUGUAAUUUACACUCUUGUUAUUGAAGGUUUGUGCAAAGCUGGAGAAGUUCAGUCUGCAAAAGAUCUCUUCUAUGGUUUAUCAUCAAAAGGAGUUCAGCCUAAUGUGAGAACAUACUCUGUAAUGAUUCAUGGACUUUGUCAUCAUGGCUUAAUAAUUGAGGCAGAAAAGCUGCUGAGAGAAAUGGGAGGGAAAGGAUGUUCUCCAAAUGGUUGGACCUAUAACACCAUUGUCCGGGGGUUGUUAAAUAACAACAAGACAUCAUGGGCUAUGGAACUUAUUAAAGAAAUGGUGGACUUGGGUUUCUCUGCAGAUGCAUCAACUAUGGAAUUGAUAGUUGGUUUAUUGUCUAAGGAUAUAGUAGAUGCAGCUUUGUUGCCGCUAUUAAAAGAUUCAUGAUAUAGUUGAUUUGAACUCUAUUAAGCUCAGGUAUGUCAAUUUCUUCACCUCCCCAAAGUUUUUAAUUUCACUUGUUGUUUUUUAUUUCACUUAAUUAGAUUCAGAAUUAUAGAUUGGAAUUUAGACUCUCUGUGAUGCAAGAUUAGACUCUGUGUUAUGAAUUAUGACCGUAGAUAUCUUUUUUUAAUGGUCUUAAAUCUAGGCUGCCAUUGUGCAGUUAAGUAUAUGCUUCUCAGAAGAGAGCUUAUACCUUGCAGUUAUUUGGGGCUUUAAAUCAUGAUUUCUAUUUGAUUCUUUUGGCGUGCCACCAUAGCUAGCCACCUUUUUUGCUUGCUUGUUACUGUUUUAGGAAGGCUUUCUCGGUUUUCUGUAGUCCCUGUUAUUUGGCCGUAUAUGACGCAGAUUUCUGUUGAUAACUGCUUACAAAUUUCAGGUUAUUUAUGGUAUACAUUUGUGUAGAUUGAGAAGUUUGAACAAGUUGGCUGAAGCUAACUCUUGGAACUCAACCUGUAAGCUUGCUUGAUUGGUGAAGUUGAACCUAGCAGACAAAGGAAGGGUUCUUUGGAAUUGUAUAGAGACCUCUUAGAGGCAUAUUCAAAUAUCAUUUGGGGUCUUGUCUAAAUCUGGGAAUGUAACAAAACUUCCCUCUUUAAUCGUAUAUAUCCAAUCUCACUUACCUACCAGCGAGAGGUUCAAUCCUAGUCUACAUAGUUGACAGCAAGGCAUUGAGUAAAAUCUUAACCUUUUACUAGUCUACAUACUUAUUCUUCUUGUACUCAUCAAGUUCCCAUUGAAAUAGGAUCCACACAAGGAAAUUGAGGUAUUAGACCUUUUUGUUCCCUCAAUCAAAGGAAACAAUCAAUAAAGAAUAACAAAUUUCAGUU